AUGCCAUGUAGCUCCAGUGGUAUUCCACUAAACUUCAUCAACACCAAUCCAGCGCUGGUAGGUUCUCACCCUGUGAAUACAUACCAGUCAGGUUCAUAUCCUGGAACCCAGCAGACAUUAGAGAACUGCAGUACAAAUGGAGAUGGGGACUUUUUCAAAAAGAUCCACAAAGCCUCUGCUUCCAGUUCUUAUCCUCCUACUGAUAGUAGUAGUGAUGAUAUACUUUCUGUGACAAAAUUGAACUGGAAAACAGGAGACAGUCACGGAGAGGACAAGGUUUCAGCUGAGGAAAAGGAUGCAUCUGAGGGUGCAAAAAACAGGGCAGUUUUGCUAAAAUAUUUAAAAAAUGCAAAUCUUAAACUAAGACCAGAGCCUAUAGAAGACAUAGAAACUUCCUCUUCAGCUGAGUGUGAGACAUUCCCAUAUCCUGAUUUCCUUCCUGAACCUUACAAUACAUUGGAUUUACAAAAAUUGUCCUUAUCCAAGGGGGGUGACUGGAAAUUAGCAUUUGAACCACCAUUGCAAGGGUCACUUGAUAAACUAAUUUCUCGCUUAGUAGAAAUGGAAAGGUUACAGCACUUGACUGUAUUAAAAGAAAGGACAAAAGAACCAUCUGCUUCUCCUACCAUGAGCAACCGCCCCAGUUCUACAAAAGAUAUGUAUCAGCUGAAGCAGCUGAAAGCAAUUGAUCUUUUGUGUCCUCAGGCAGCCUUUGGUGGAGACUUUCACAAUCCUGGCAGUUGUGUGCAGGAAACGGACAUCUCAAAGUGGACUUGCCACCAUUGUCAUCAUAGGUGGAAUUCUGGAACUCUACGUUCAAAGCACUUGCGAGCAUCCUGCAAUAAGUCCACUAAAGUGCCAGUGAUUUUAGACUCCAGCAACGUAGCCGCCCGAAGGUCUCUGUCAUGCUCUGGAAGUUCAGUAAAAGUCCGAUCGGCUGUCAAGAUGCCUUCACCCAACACACCUGCAGUUUUCCCCUUACCUGACAGUGAAAGUUCAAAAUGUAAACUGCCAAGGACCAGAAGAAAAUCUUGUAGGAAUAAUGUAUCAUUCAUGGGCAAACCUUUCAGUUCUCACAGAUUAAAAUCCCUAUCUGUUCUGGCAAAGCCCAAGUAUUCACAGGUUGACCAUCAGUGA